AUGCUGCCGCGAUCGCGGUGGAUCGCUCGCGCAUUCGGCUGUGCGGCCCCGCUGGGAGCGAUUCACAAGUGGCACCCGCCCUCUGUGGAGAAGGCAGAGAUGCUUCUGGCGGAGAUGCACGCCAUCGCAGCCUCGCUGCCAGCGCUGCUGCACCGCAUCGAGGAGGAGGGUGAGCCACUGCAGCCGCUGCUCCGCCGGCUGACCGCCCUCUUCCGCGAGUCGUCCCGCGCCAUGGUCCUCGGCUCGACACAGCUCAAGCUCGUCGGCGCGGUCCUCGCCUCCCUCCCUGCCUCGGCCGAGCCCGCCUCGGGUGUCGAUCUUCGAUCCGAAAAGGGCCUCCGCAGCAGCAGCGGUGGUGGUGGUGGGUGCGAGCGGGUCGCACACCCGGAGGCCCGCGCCUGCCUGAACGCCGCCUUGCACAUGAUUGGCUCCGCGGGCGCGGCGCUCGCACGCGGGCUGAGGCCCGACGGGCGGACCUACCACGCACUGCUCCGCGCGCACGCGCGCGCCGGUGACGUGGCCCGGCUGAGGGCGGUGGCGGAGGAGGCGCGCAGCCGAGGCUUCGCCGUCGAGGCGGAGCCGUCGGUGGUGACGACCAUGCUGAGCGGAUGCGCCGCGGCACGCGACGCGGCGGAGGCGAGCGCGGUCUUCGAGGCGAGCCUCGCCGCCGGCCUGCAGCCCGACCGGAUCGUCUACAACGCGCUCUCCCACGCCUACGCUGUGGGCGGCGAGGCGUUUGAGCGCGGCCGCGCUCUGCCGCGGCGGGGCAGCGGCGACGCGCGAGACGCGGCCACCGCCGUCGCUAUUUUGCUCGAUGCGCUGAUCGCGGCGCGCGCCGCCGAGGCACACGAGGUGCUCCAGCUCGCCGCGCGCGCCGGUGUGUGUCCGACCAUCGGCGCCGUCAACGGUCUGAUUGCCGUGCACGCCGAGGCGGCGGAUGCCGCCGGCGCGCUCGCGGCAUAUGAGCGUUGGUGCUGCGCGCCGAUGCGACCGAACCGCGGCACACUCGACGCGCUGCUUCGCGCGUGCGUGCGAGGCCGCGCUGCCGAGCUGAGCGGGAGGGUCUGCCGACUCGCCGCCGAGCACGACCUCCCGUUUGGAGACCGGCUGCACGCGCAGCUCGUUCUCGCGCACACGGCCACGGUCGACGUGACGCGGCUGUUUGAGCGGAUGCAGGCGGGCGGCGGCGACGCGGGGCUGGCGGCGGUGACUGCGCUGAUGGAGGAGUACCACCGCGACGGCAAGUCGCCCUCACGCCGGCCAAAUCCGGCAGUGCGCAACGAGCCGCCCUCAUCUGGCGGCUCUGCUGCCGGUGGUCAGCUCAAUGCCAAGCUACUCAACGGCCACAUCUCGCAUGCCAGCAACGCUGACGAGCUGCUUUCGCUCUGCGCUGCCAACAGCACGAGGUUGAAUUACAUCCACGCUGCGAACCUGUGGAACAAACUUGGCAAGCAGCGCAUCGAGCGGCGGCACGAGGAGCAGCUGGAGCGGCUGAAUCCGUCGAGGUGGAGCGAGAACGACCGCUCUCAGCUGCACCAGUGGCAGCUCUGGCUCUUCCUGGAACGCGGCGCAGAAGAGCAGCAGCAUCUCCUCUCGGACUCCCAGCGCCUGCUUUUUCGCGAGGCCAUGCAGAUGAACGUAGCUCGCCCCUCUGGUUUGCAGCGUUCGGUCUCGGAUGCCCUUAGCGCCGUCCGGUCCGGCUUCGAGGAAGAGCAUCUUGAGCCGCGCACCGGCUACUCGCUCGAUCUGGCGCUGCCCUCGUCACGCAUCGCGAUCGAGGUGGACGGCCCGUCUCACUUCCUGCUGCCUGACAGCCAAGGCGUGCGCGCGCCCAACGGCCCAACGAAGCUCAAGCGGCGCCUCCUCGCCGCGGCUGGCUGGAGGGUGAUCAGCGUUCCAUUCUAUGAGUGGGACGGCUUGAACACAGCCAAUGAGCGUCAAGCCUACUUGGAGCGAGCGGUCGGCUCGCUCGAUGCGGCAGCGCCACAGGCACCACCGGAAGGAUUGGAGCCCCCGCUCGCACGAUGUCGCAAGGCGCCCGCAACGGUCUCGACACUCGAGCGCGAAUGCGGAAUGGUCAUUCCGCUGGCAUAUCUUGCGAACGGAUCGAAGCGCAAAAAGGACAGUCUUUGA